AUGGAAUCGAUUUUUACAUCUUUGUCUUCGUCUUUUUUAAUCUAACAAUACUAAUCAUAGUACACGAUUACUACUUUGAGCUUAUUGGAUCUAAAAGUCGGAGAGGUUCAUAUAUUCAGGUCAUCGUAAGAUCUUACAUGUAGUGAGUUGCCGAGGAACAAAGACAUUCUCCAUAUCAAGUCAAGUGCUGGAAUUUUGAUGUUUCUGUGAAGGAGACAAAUACGAUCAAGCUGUGUAAUACCGAGGCUUUCAAUAAGAAAACGCGCGGUAUAAAUUAACAAUCGCAGUGUAUUUGGGAAGCAAUACCAGCAAGCUUAGGGUACAUCAUGACCUUGCGCACUAAGCCAUAACGAUGGCGGGCAACAAUUCUGGACUCGGCCUUGUGAAAAAUAGCAACUCUUUGACCAACGGCGAUAAUAAUAGCAGUUUUAUUACCCCGAAUAACGAACUCUCGGGACCUGGCCUACUCAGAAUUGGGAAAUACAAAUUUAGAGCAAAGACAGAUGAUCUACCACAGUGCGGUUACUUGAUCUUCUUCACCAAAUUUUACACACUAACCAUUGAUUCGAUAGAGAUUGGUGGGUUGCAUCAACGGCUUUUCCUCUCAUUGCUGCGACGAUUGGACCUUUGGCAAACGUUUUGUCCAUUUCCGCUCUGGUCACGAAAUGGAGAGCUGAUUUACCUGAUGAUGGUCAAUUACCAUCCGGUGCGGAUGAAAAUGGAGUCGGCAUACCUGAUCCAGAGUGGUGAGAGAUAUAUGCCAAAUUCAAGAAUGUUACUGAUUUAAAAUUUUAAGGAAAUUAUUCUAAAUGCUAUUUCGCUUGGAUGCGGGUUCGCCGGGAACCUCUUCUUGCUCUUAAAUUUUAUGCGCAGGGUCAGGUAUAUUGUCGCAUUGCCGCUAUCGAUAAUCUUCUGGUAUAUAUCUACUGGCAUCGUAAGCCUCAAGCUGUUGUCAUAUUUACUUCAAUUCUGACAGGUAUCACAGCUUAUAGGUAUCUUAGUCGCCAUGGAUGUAUACGCCCCCCCUGUUCGCCCAGGUCAAACUUGGUCUCAAGGAUUUUGGUCCGCGGUUAUGGCAGCUUCAUUAUAUCUGAUUGGGUCAAUAGUUCUAAUGGUAAACAUGCUCGGCUACUUUCUUGGACAUUAUCCACAACAUUUUGAACUCGACGAUGACCAGAGGACUCUCAUCUUACAAACCAUGAUGUUCUUCAUAUGGCUAGCUGGUGGAGCUGGCAUCUACCAGAAAGUCUGUGGUUUCAAAUACGCUGAUGCUCUUUACUUCUGUGAUGUCACAAUUCUGACAGUUGGCUUCGGAGAUUUCGUACCCAAUAACAAUCUAGGCCGGGGCCUUCUUUUCCCAUAUGCUGUCAUUGGUAUCAUAUUCCUUGGUCUUAUGAUUAACAGUUUGCGCAAGUUCGCAUCAGGUAUGUCACAGGACAAGAUUGUCAAGCAUCAUGCAAUGCGUCAGCAACAGGAAACCUUCGGUCGUUCGGUUACAAAUGAGAAGGAAAUUCGUGACCGUCUCGGAUUACCCCCCUAGAUCCCCCACACGUCGGCGUAGUACGGUUGAGAACUCUUCCGAAGCUCCACAAUCAGGUCUAGGCCGUCGAUCUUCGCUUGGGAAAUAUGGUCAUUUCGAUGUUCAAGGUCAAACAAUUACUUUUCAUCAAAAAAGGGUCCAUUCAUAUGGCGGUCGAGGGGGAGCUGGCCGAUCACGCAAUUCAUCUAUUCCUCUAAGUCACGACCCUAAGCUCCAAAAAACGGGCGGAUAACAAGUCUCCGCGUGUGAAGCGUCGAGAGAAAUUAAUUUUACUUCGAGAAGAAAAGGACCGUUUUGAUGCUAUGCGUGAAAUCCAGAGUAAUGUCCGAAAAUUCAAGCAAUACUACGCAUUGUCCAUGUCCAUCUUUGCCUUCUCUAUCCUAUGGUGCGGCGGCGCGACUGUGUUCUGGAAAGUCGAGAAACGUGAACAAAAUUUGACAUACUUCGAGGCCUUAUACUUCUGCUACGUGUCGCUUCUAACUAUUGGGUAUGGCGAUUUUGCACCAAAAUCGAACGCUGGAAAGCCCUUCUUUGUUGUUUGGUCUCUGAUCGCAAUACCUACAAUGACAAUCCUUAUCUCAGAUAUGAGUUCUACCGUCAUAGCAGCCAUUAAUCGUGGUACAUUUACACUUGCAGAUUGGACAAUUAUGCCCAAGGCAGGAGUCUGGCAUGACUUUCUGAUGAAUCAUCCAAAGUUACACGAAUGGUUGUCCAGGAGGACUAAAGAACGAGAAGCUAAACAGCGUAUUCGUCAUGGAUUUGAAGUGCAAAACCCAGAUGAUCGACAAAUAUCCAUAAGCAAUGAAGCCGAGCCAGACCCCGAAUCUACUUCUCUUGGUCAGGUCAUUGAGGACGUCGAAGAACCUUCUGAACACACGGAACAUGAUCUAGCCCGGAAAUUAGCAACAUCUAUCAAACGCGUUACAAAUGAUUUGCGAGCAGACAAACCCAAGAAAUAUAGUUAUGAGGAGUGGGUAGAGUUCACGCGGUUAAUCAGAUUUAGUGCGCAUAAUGCAAAAGAUGUAGAAAGGGAAGAGGAUGAUGAGGGAUUAGUCGAGUGGGAUUGGAUCGGCGAGGAUAGUCCGAUGCUAGCAGAUGUUAGCGAGACUGAGUGGAUAUUGGAUCGGCUGUGUGAGAGUCUGAAUAGAUAUACUAGGCGUCAAGGCAGGGCUUCCCGACAAGAACAAAAGGAGAUGAAAAGGUUACAGGAUGGAGAGAAGAAGCAUCUUCAUCGGGAGGCGCAUCACAAUAUGCAUUAUCCACCACAUCCUGGACCAAGAACACCACGUUCGGACUUGAGAAGGAAUUCUGUGCCAAUUGAUGGUGAGGAUAGCACAAAUUUACAAGGUGCUUCGAUUUCUGAUCAAAAGAAUGAUGAGGAAAUUGACAAUGAGGAAAAUUAAGGGGUAGAGCGUCAUAUUGUCUUUAUCGAUGAUGUUGGUGACAAGAAAGUAGGAAGUGAAAUAAUCCCCAACAAUAGCGGGAUUGGAAGUGCUAGUGCAAGUAAAGUCUUCUCCAGCCAAGCUCCGAUGUCUCUAGAAGCAAAAACGAGGAUGAAGAUAAAGAUGCGAUUGAAGAGUUCGUAGAUCAUGCAGACAAAUAGUCAUGAAAGGAGUGCGUCAAGAGGAUGAUGGUUAGUUAAUGAGCGAAUAGUGUAAUGUACUUGUAAUAUGUUGUUUCUUUUUGCUGGAUACUUGUACAAUUGUAUAUUAAACUUACUUUUGAGUGUGAUAAAUGUAUCCUCGAUACAAUCUACAGGUGGAUAUACUGAUUUUGGAGUUGAGCUGGAAUAAGUAUUGUUUACGGG